AUGUCGGACUCCGUGGAUCGAGUCUUCGUGCACGCCCUGAAUACCGUCAAACGCAUUCCGCGCACCGGUACCGCUCGGCCCCCUGCUUCGGAGCGACUGAAGCUCUAUGGAUUGUAUAAACAGAGCAUGGAGGGCGAUGUCGAGGGGGUCAUGGACCGACCGAUCGGAAACACCGCCGAUGUUUACGCCGAGUGCGAGAAAUGGGACGCAUGGUUCGCCCAACGAGGUCUCUCCCGAACCGAGGCCAAACGACGCUACAUCUCCACGUUGAUCGACACCAUGCACCGCUACGCAUCGCAGACCCCCGAGGCGCGCGAACUUGUCUCCGAGCUCGAGUUCGUCUGGGACCAAAUCAAAUCCAACACCUCCUCUGUCUCCUCCACGUCGUCGCCCGUCAACGCGGUGGGCGUGCCGCCCUUGCCACAGCCGAGUUACGCCAGCAUCAGCGGACGGUUGGCACGGUCCGAGUACGAGAAUCUGAUAGCCGCAACGGCUCGCGGAGACUCGAGACUUCGCGUGUUGAGCCCGGUCAGCCAGCCGGACGGGGUGUAUCGGCGGCGCGGGUCCAACCUAGAUCCCGGGUCCGGGUCGCAUUCGCAGACGCGGGUGGACGAUGACCUGGACGACGACGAGGACGACGAGGAAGAGUACGCGGAGGCGCAGGAUAACAUCUACGCCGAUGAUGACCAUGACGACGAUGACGACCAGCAUGACCAUGACCAGGACCCAGACCACGACGGGGAUCAAUCACAAUCACACGAUCACCGCGCCGUCUCCGACUACACCAGUGAGCCCGAACACGGGCACCCGCAACGGCGAUCGCGCGGUCCGCCGGACAACGACCGCCGAUGGCGCCGUCGAGUCGAGCAGGCCUUGACCAACAUGACGGCGGAGAUCGCCGCCGUGCGCGAACAGAUGGAGACGCGGGCGCUGGCGCACCGGCGGCGCACCGGCGUCUGGGCGUGGCUCAAAUGGCUGGUCUGGGUGAGCUUCCGCCAGAUCAUCUGGGACUUGGCCCUCCUGGGGAUGGCCCUGAUCUGGAUGCGACUGCGCGGCGAUCGACGAUUAGAGGAGAAGCUUCGGGUGGGAUGGUCCGAAGUGAAGAGUCGAUUGGCGCGGUUCAAAUUCCUUCGACGAGCCCCGGUGCAUACAUUGGUUUAG